AUGCCAUCUGCCACCGACAAGGACGUUCAGGAUGCGGAAAAGUUCUUGGAGGACAAGGAAGUGAAGCAUCGACGGAGUUCAAAAUUGAUGCACUGGCUGGCCUCGGAAGGGCAGAGAGCUGGAUACGACGCGUUGACGCCAGCUGCUCGCAAGGUCUUCUUCGUCAGCUGGGUUGCCAAAUCAAUGGAGGAGGGCAACUCGGCCAACCGCACGUGGUGGAAGGUCAACCAUAAGAAGGAGGAUGUUGACAAGAGCAAGUGGAUGGCGAAUCGCGGCAUGAUCCAGCUGUUUGGCGAGCAUAAGGCGCUCGCGAAUAUCAAACUAUUGGGCGACAAGGCCGAUCGCCACAGGCCUGAUCGAGACACGGGGCUGGACGACGAGUGGAGUCGAGAAUGCAAGAUCUACGAGGGCGAGGAGAUCAACACCAACACCGACGACGUCGGGAAAACGAUGGAGUCCGAGAAGGAGAUUACGUCAGAGAAGGAGAAGGCUGAGUUCGCGGAGGACUUGGCGGCAGCUGGCAUCCUCGAGACCGCGCCUAGCAGCUCUGGCAGCGCAGGCGCUGAGAAGCUCAAGGACGCGAAGAUCAAGGCAGAGCGCAUCUUCGAGGUGGCAUCUGGUAAAUCUAAGUCGAAGUACCUGGGCCCGCUGAAGACAGACGUUGGGAAGCUGAUUCCCAGGUUCAAGUCUACAUUCAACAGCGUCGAGAAAAUCCAUCUCAAGAGCUCGUCCGAGGACGCCGACCCCGUCCCAGAUCCAGAGAUCCCAGCCGUUGCCGGGAAGCUGGGCGCCAUCUACUCAGAGUUCAACGCAGUCGCCGGGUGGUUCUCGAGGAUGGCCCCCACGCCCAAGAGGGCGAAGAAG